UAGUCAUCUCAACUAUUUUCAACAAAUAAGACCAUUCCAUAGUUUUCUUUUCCACAUAUUGCUACUAACAUUCUAACCAUGACAAACCAUAAUUUUGAGCAUGAUUGCAAGAAAAUUCAUGAUUCCUUAGGUGGUUUGAGCCAACUAGUUCCAUCUCUUUCUUGCUUAACCAUCCUUGAAAGACAACAACUAAGAGAGACUUAUAAGACAGUCUAUGGUGAAGACUUGAUAAGUCAAUUACAAAGAUAUGAUGAAGAUGGUUUUUCUUCUAUGAAAUUUUCUACUUUGUCUUUAUGGAUGCUAUGUCCUCAUGAUAGAGAUGCUUUUGUGGCUAGGGAAGCUCUUCAACAAGAUGAGACCAAUUUCAAGGCUCUUGUGGAGAUUUUUGUAGGUAGGAAAUCAAGUCAUAUCGUUCUCAUAACACAAGCAUAUCACAAAAUGUUUAGAAGACAAUUGGACCAAGAUAUUAUGAAUUUGGACCCUCCACAUCCAUUUCAAAAGAUUCUUACGGCAUUGUCAGCAUCACAUAAAGCUCACCAAGCAGAUAUUAGCCAUCAUAUAUCUAAGUGUGAUGCAAGGAGGCUAUAUGAAACUGGUGAAGGAAGUUUAGGAGCUAUAGAUGAAGCUGUUGUGCUAGAAAUUUUAAGCAAGAGAAGUAUUCCACAAUUGAAACUAACAUUUUUGAGUUACAAACACAUUUAUGGGCAUGACUAUACCAAGUCUAUCAAGAGGGGAAAUUAUGGACAAUUUGGUAAAUCUCUAAUGGUGGUUGUGAACUGCAUUUGCAAUCAAGCAUAUUAUUAUGCAAAGGAACUAUAUACAAGCAUCAAAAGGGAAAAAAGAGACAUAGGAACUUUGGCAAGAACAUUGGUGAGUAGGGCAGAUAUAGACAUGGAUGAGAUUAGAAGGGUUUUCAAAGAAAAGUAUGAGAAGGAACUUGGUGAUUUUAUAUGUGAAAGCAUUCCAUGUGGGGACUAUAGAGACUUUCUAGUUGCCUUGGCUACAAAAACUUGCACCCCUUCUAACAUCUAUAGCAAUUAGCAACAAAACUUGUUGAGAACAAUGUAAUUCAUAUUAGCUUUUUUGAGUUUCUUUAUGAGUUGAAUAACUUUUGUAGCUUAAUUAAUUGUAUUAUAUAGUUAUAUAAUUGACAAUGUUAAAAAAAUUAUGUCC